GAGAAGCAGGAGGAGGAGAGGGCGCCCGAACCGAACUGUGCGCCUACGCUUGGUUUGGAGAUCACCGUCUGGGGGAGGGACUUUUUUCACAUGUGGAAAGAGGAAUAAAUGUCUCUCUCAGCUGUCUCCUCCAAAGCUCGGGGACUGUCUGGGACAGCUUUAAGACACCUGCGUCCUCAAACCUUAAAGUUAAGGGCGCGCGUAAAAUACCCAAGUAGCCAAAAGCUGAAGUCGCGUAAACUUUACAGUAUCGUCAAGUCUUAGUAAUGUUAGGCAGCGGCAGCAAGUCAGCGUCCACCGGUCCUAAGGAGAAGAAGGGGACCGCGGCUGAAAGGACCAGGGACCCCAUUAGGAGGCUCGGGAUUUUGGACAAUGAGGACAUCCGUUUGAUGAUGCAGGGCUGCAGCAUGGUAAAGGUUCGCUCUCUGAGGUGGCAGAAGAACCGCAGCCUGCAGCUGCUGGAGGACGGACUCACCGUGUGGUGUGAGACGAAAAGCUCCCGCAAAGGCAAAUCCCAGCAGACAUUUGCAGUGACAGAGGUGGACUGCGUGCGCGAAGGCUGCCAGUCGGACGCCCUGAGGCAGCUGUCCGAGACGGUGCCGGAGGACCAGUGCUUCACGGUGAUCUUCAAGGGAUCCAGGAAGAGCCUGGACCUGAAGUGCCCCACCGCUGAGGAGGCCCAGCGCUGGGUGCGAGGCCUCCGCUUCCUGAAGGACCGCGUCACCUGCAUGACGCAGAAGGAAAAGCUGGACCAUUGGAUUCAAGGCUACCUGAAGCAUGCAGAUGAAAACCAGGACGGUAAAAUGACCUACGACGAGGUCAAACGGCUGCUGCAGAUGAUCAACAUCGACCUGAACGAGCAACACACGCGCUGUUUGUUCAAGCGCUGUGACAAGUCCCGCGACGGCCGCCUGGAUCACAAUGAGAUCGAAGAGUUCUGCAAGGAGCUCAUGCGACGACCCGAGCUGGAGAAAGUGUUCAGACACUACUCCAGCAACGGCUCUGUGCUUUCUAUCGCCGAGCUGCGCGACUUCCUGGGAGACCAGCGAGAGGACGCCUCGCUGAAUCACGCUCAAAAUCUCAUACUCACCUACGAGUUCAACGACUUGGCUCAGAAGAAGAUGGUGAUGACACAGAACGGUUUCACCAUGUACAUGCUGUCUAUGGAAAAUGACGUCUUUAACCCAGACCACGCCCAGAUAUACCAGGACAUGACCUGCCCCCUGACCCACUACUUCAUCUCCUCAUCCCACAACACCUAUCUCACCAAGGACCAGGUCACCAGCGCCAGCAGCACCGAGCCUUACAUCCGGGCUCUGAAUCAGGGAUGCCGAUGUGUGGAGCUGGACUGCUGGGAUGGAGAUAAAGGUGAGCCUGCCAUUUACCACGGCCACACCUUUACCUCCAAGGUUCCCUUCAAGGAGGUUAUUGAGGCCAUCAACCAGUACGCCUUUAAGGCGUCCCCGUACCCUGUGAUCCUGUCCUUGGAGAAUCACUGUUCAGUGGAGCAGCAGGCUGUCAUGGCCAAACACCUUCGCACCAUUCUGGGCAAGAAACUGCUCACCGAGCCUUUCAGUGACCUGCCGCUCAAUGAGCUGCCUUCCCCUGAAGAGCUCAGGGGGCGUAUCCUUGUGAAGGGAAAGAGACACACUCCUCACCUUGGUCAGCUGGGAAAGAACGGGAGUUUUGCGAGCUUCUCCUCGAGCUGUGAAGACGAUCAAGGAAGCAUUAACAAGAACACACCCAAGAGUGACUCUGCAAAGGUCUGUUCCAAGCUUAGCCCCGAGCUGUCGGAGCUGGUGGUCUACUGCAAGAGCGUCUCCUUCCGUGGGUUUGAAAGUGCAUCUAAACUACCAGCAGAUGAAAUGUCGUCUUUUUCUGAAAACGAGGCUCUCAAGCUCAUCAAAGACUCUGGGAAGCUUUUUGUACGACACAACGUCAGGCAGCUGAGCCGGAUCUACCCCUGUGGCCAGCGCCUCCAAUCAUCCAACUUUGAUCCUCAGGAGAUGUGGAACUGCGGCUGCCACAUGGUGGCUCUAAACUUCCAAACCCCCGGGGAGCAGAUGGACCUCAACCAGGGACGCUUCCUCCCCAAUGGUCGCUGUGGAUAUAUUCUAAAGCCCAGCUUUAUGUGCAGCCCGACAUCCAACUUUAACCCCGAGAACACAGGCGGAGGCCCCGGCCACACCCCCACACAGCUGACCAUAAAAAUCAUAUCUGCUCAACAACUACCCAAAAUAAACACAGAGAAAGCCACCUCCAUUGUGGACCCACAGGUAGUGGUAGAAAUCCAUGGAGUGGCCAUAGAUAGGGCGAAGAAUAAAACCCCCCGCAUCGACAACAACGGUUUCAACCCAAGAUGGGACUGCACUCUGAGCUUCCAGCUGCAGGUCCCUGAGCUGGCUCUGGUGCGAUUUGUUGUGGAAGAUCAUGACCAUGCAGCCAAAAAUGACUUUGUGGGGCAGUUCACGUUGCCCUUCACAAGCCUCCGUACAGGAUAUCGACAUGUUCACCUACUGAAGGCAGAUGGCUCCAGCUUGUCCCCAGCCUCACUCUUCAUCCAUGUAAAAGUGAGUAACCUAGGAGUUCCUGUCAAGAGUGUGGCAGAGCGUAUGGCCAUGGCGAAAGGAAAAAAGUGAAAUGUGCCUGAACCAGAUGAAAAGAUACAUUUUUAGAUAUGAAAAGCACUUCAGAGGAAGAAGCAUUUUAAUCCAAGGGGACUGCUGUUGUUACUGCCAAGCCAACAAGACCUCAAGUGGUCCAUUUCUGCUCUUCUGCUGCAAAAUACCGGAAAGAAAAGCUGAAGAGGCAAGAUGGCUCUCAGAUGCACUGUGAAAACAAGACUGAGGCUCAUAAAACACCCUUUACAGGCCUUAAUGUUUUAAUGCCAACUCUUGUCUCCAUAGAUGAAAUUUGUUUUUACUGAUUUUUGUAAUUUAGGUUUGAAAAACGUUUUAGCAUUUUUUAAUGUUCUAUUUUCAAAGGAUGAGAUGACAUUAGGCUGCACAGUGGUGCAGUUGGUAGAGCUGUUGCCUUGCAGCAAGAAGGUCCUGGGUUCGAUUCCCGGCCGGGAAUCUUUCUGCAUGGAGUUUGCAUGUUCUCCCUGUGCAUGCGUGGGUUCUCUCCGGGUUCUCCGGCUUCCUCCCACAGUCCAAAAACAUGACUGUCAGGUUAAUUGGUUUCUCUAAAUUCUCCCUAGGUGUGAGUGUGUGUGUGCAUGGUUGUUUGUCUUGUAUGUCUUUGUGUUGCCCUGCAACAGACUGGCGACCUGUCCAGGGUGAACCCGCCUCUUGCCCGGGACGCAGCUGGAGAUAGGCACCAGCAACCCUCCCGACCCCAUUUAGGGAAGAAGGGUGUAAAAGAAAAUGGAUGGAUGGAUGGAUGGAUGGAUGGAGAUGACAUUAACAAAAAACAGAGCACUUUAUCAUCUGAUGCUAUUUUGCUACAAAAAAAGCUAGCCAUGCCUACAUGUGCCUUAAACUAUGCAUAGUUUUUUUUAAAACUGAAACACUGUCAAUUAAGAUGUACUAAGCUUUUUAGUAAUUGUAUUUUUCACAAUGUCUUAGAGUUGGUGCUAUCAGUCUUACUUAAAAAUAAUUUUAGUAUGUAGAUAAUAUUUAUCUGUACUGAAUUUGUAGCUAUGGGGUAUUAGCCUGAGUAUCAUUUCAAGCUUAUUGAAAAAAGUGUUAGCUAGACCAGUGUUGAAUGUGCAGGUAAAGUUCAUAUGCUCAGUUAAGUGAUAAACUUGUUAAUGAAUUGAUUUUUGCCUGUUUUUAUUCUUAUUUAAAGCUAGCAACAACAAAUAUUUGCACCUUGUAACUACAACAAGGUUUUUUGUAGAUUUUAACAUGUAUGAGGAGUGAAGGUAUAUUGCACUGUUUUAGGGAUUUAUAAAUCACUGACAACAUCAUUGUCUGAGACUUGUCUUAUUUAGUAUUUUUUUGUUUUGCUUUUUGUUUUUUAAAUGCCUGCAAGAGUGUGAAUGUUUCAAUAACUUAACGCUUGUAUCAGCUCACCUUUGACCUGAAUACCAUAUUAAUUUAGGACUUUUCAUUUAUUUAGACCACUCUUUUCCAGGGUGAAUGACCGUUCCACACAUCUGAAAUCAUCUUUUUAAGAGCCAUCUUGGUGCACCAUCUUGAGGCUGUGUGAAAAUUAUGCAUUCAUGUUCAAAUACUGACUUCCCUUCACCUUAAUAUUUAGUAUUGGCACCAAAGCUUUUCAAGUAUGCUCUACAUUUUCACAGGAUCUCAAAGUGGUGUACAGAAAUCCAGCAAACUUAUGUGUCCAGGAGGCAUGAACUGCUCCAAGCUACCGCAGGAUAGAGCUCAUCAACUUGUCUGACUGAAUCUAGCAACCAUAUGGAAGAAGUUAAUUUAUUCUGUCUUACCUCAUGAUAGCAUAGGUGAGAGCCACAACAAAUAUGGCCCUUGGCAAACCAAAGUAGCUCCCACAUUAGUUUAGAAAAUGCCUCAAUCAUUUUACCUAUCUCUUAGUCCGUCUAUUAUUCUUUAAAACACUUCAAUUUCUUCGUCGGACGCAGAAAAAAAUAAAGCCAUAUAUUUUUAAAUUAACAUUAUAAGAUCAAAUUUCAAUGAAAGUCCUGCUUAUAUGAAUCGUUGAUUAGAUACAGUAUCUGUAAUAUAUAGAAUAGCUAGUUUUAUUAAAUUGUGUGCACAUUUUAAAAUAAAUAUGGGGAA